AGUUGGGAUCCAGAUUUGGCAAAGACCGCGAAAGCUUGGGCAAAGAAAUGCCUGUUUAAACAUAACACAUACCUCAAAGAUCCAGGGCAGGCUCACCCCAAAUUUACCCCCGUUGGAGAAAACCUCUGGACUGGCUCCCUUUCUAUUUUUACUGUGCAACAAGCCAUCACCUCUUGGUACGACGAGGUCAGUGCCUACAGUUAUGCCACCAAUAACUGCAGAGGAGCAUGUGGCCACUACACACAGGUUGUUUGGGCUACAAGCUACAAGGUUGGCUGUGCUGUCCACUACUGUCCCAGGGUGGCAUACUCCUCCAUAACCAACGCAGCACACUUCAUCUGCAACUACGGACCGGCGGGGAAUUACCCAGGGCGCCCGUACAAGACGGGAGCAGCGUGCAGCGACUGCGAUGGCGAGCAGUGUGCCAGCCAGCUGUGUCAAAAUGCAGAGCGUGACAAAGUCAUUAGCGAUUCCAGAUGGCAUCCAGAGUGGGACAGACCUGCAUGUGACGAGUACUGCAUCACCAUUAUUGCUUUAAGGCCGUUACUCCUUAUACUGACAAUUCUGGGCACCUGGCUCCUACCAAAACACUGGUCUGUAGCACCCACCAGUGAGUGA